AUGGCAGGCCGCAUUGACUGGGAUACAGGAUAUGACGAAGCGGUUGAGGUCAAUCAGAGGGCCUUAAUUGACAAAGUCCUUGCCCGUUACUCAGCUGAAUUCACUGUCUUUCGUGAACUCCUGCAAAAUUCGGACGACGCACAAUCCCAGACGGUUGAAAUACAUUUCCAGUCGGACGAGUUUCUGCAAGGCAAAUCAAUAGACGAUGGUCCCCUUCCUGAUCUCAAGACCGCACCCGUAAAGAAAUGGAUCUUUAAGAACGAUGGAAUAGCCUUUCGAGACGAAGACUGGAAUCGCUUGAAGAAGAUUGCGGAGGGCAACCCGGAUGAAGACAAAAUUGGAGCUUUUGGUGUAGGCUUUUACAGCUUAUUCUCUGUCACGGAUGAACCGAAAGUAUUGUCAGGCGAUCAAUGGAUGUGGUUCUACUGGAAUAAGGACCAGUUAAUUGCACGCAGAGGGAGGGCUAGAGAGAACGAUUCUCCAAACUCUAUUAACGACUCAAAAAAGUGGACUUCUUUCGAGAUGCCUUUGAGAGAAGAGGGACCUAUACCUGUCGCUUUCGACUUCACGAGAUUCUUAGCAUCUUCCAUCACCUUCAUGACCCAUCUUUCCCAAGUCUCCGUGUUCUUCGACGACAAGUGCCUUACCAAAUUGUCUAAGAGGGUUGGGUCACCCAAACAGUUGGUACUUCCGAGUUACCUGCAAGCUCGAAGCAGGCUCAAUACGAUGAAUAUAACCAACCUCCAAACCACUCCCCUCCAUAUCCGAGCCGAUGUUAUGAGAUGGGUGUACUCCUCCGGAACAGAGAAACCGGCCCCUCCCACUGUCGUCCAGCCCAUUAAAACCUCUGUUCAUACCUCUUGGCUUUCAUCAUUUUUUCGCAGUUCUACUCCCAGUCGACCGGCAACUCCCUUACCACCUCAAACGCCUGAACCUCCCGUAGACCAUUUAGCCGUUUCUACCACCACCGUCUCCCUUUCAAUCUUCUCUGCACAAGCAGACGCGCGAUUGGAUAACAAAGUUGCUACAGAGAUACACAGAUCAACCAAGAAAAAACCGCCGGCUAGACUCAAAUAUGAUCUCAUAUAUACCGCCAAGGAUCAAUACGACGCCAGCAAACAGGAAGACGAAGCUAUUCCGUUUGCUACUGGUAGCAUAUUCCAAGGCCUACGAGCUGACCUCGAAGGAACCAGGGCUGGGCGGAUUUUCAUUGGACAUGCUACGGCACAGACAACGGGGCUAGGGGGACAUAUGAGCUCUCGAUUUAUACCCACUGUCGAGAGGGAAUCGAUAGACUUGAUGGAUCGGAAUGUAGCCAUUUGGAAUAGGGAACUACUCUAUGUCGGAGGAAUCGUUGCUCGCGCGGUCUAUGAGCUGGAACUGAACGACAUAAAGAUGUUGUGGGAGGGUGGAACUUCGACAUCCCAGCCUAUCGAUAUCGAACUGCAAAAGUGGCUGACAAGCAGAGCAAUCCACGCUCUCAAAUUCUUUACCUUCCACCAGUCCACUCCCUCCCCCGACAUUUCAAGCCUUUUGGAGGCCGGCUUUUUUUCCUGUAGCCCCGCAAAGACUUUCUCGAUCGUGUCUUCCCUCGGAAUCCGUGAUGCAUACCAAACCAGAAUGCCUGACCCUUCAUUCACCUUUCUUAAGAACCUCCCAGUUCUACCGCAUGAACUCUUGACCGAAGCACGGCCAAUAGUCACCUCCUUGCAGAACCGAGGGUUGGUCAGGGCUAUCUGCUUCGAAGAUGUCUUGAAUGAAUUACGCGGUCGGCCGUUGCCUGAGGAGGAGAUGGCGAGUUGUUUGGAAUGGUGGACCAGCAUUAAAGAUUCGUCGCCGACCGUACUCACCAGUCUUCUAGAAAGUGCGUUGCUCAUCACUGGAUCACCGGGGAGUAAAGCCGAAAGAAUCAUACCACUGAGCAUAGUCCAGACCUUCUUUAACCCACGAAGCGGUCUCGGUAUCCCGCUCGACGGUCCUUUGCCUCCUCACUUGUUGCCGGUUAGCCUGAGUAAAAAAUUUACGCCAGAGCAGCUCAAUCUUCACUUCCAGUGGAAAGAACUUUCCGUUCUUGACUGGCUCCAGCAUGUCUGCAUUGUGCCAUGCUCUGUGGAGUUCGACAUUCGGUUGUCGCCUCCUUGGGCAGAGAAAGUUCUAGGAGUUAUUGUUCGCGCCUGGCCGUCAGCAUCCACCCAGAUCAAGACACAAAUCAUCUCCUUGCUAAAUUCUCUUCCCUGCAUUCCUACAUGCAAUGGUAUGAAGAAGCCAGAGGAGGCGUAUUUUGCUUCUGCGGAUAUCUUUCACGAUCUCCCAGUUGUCACACUUCCUUCGGGGGCCGUCAUCAAAGGUCCCAUGGAACGAGUGUUGACAGCUUUGAAUGUCAGGAAACAUAUUGACCUCCAGCUCGUUUUUGAUCGGAUGGUGAGGACACGGGAGUGGACUAUAGCAGAACUAGUCAGGUACCUCGUCUCCGUCCGCGACACUUUGACGACGAAAGAGAUCGACAAGUUGAAAGAAACAGUGGCUUUCACAGCGGAGGGGGGAAAAACCGAUAAGCUGUAUCAAGCUCGACAGCUCUACGAACCUCUUGAUAUCUUUAGGCAACUCGGGUAUCCCGUCAUGGAUUGGGGUAAAAAAGCGAAAUGGCGAAACGGGUCUGACGAAGCAAAGUUCUUGUUUGAAAUUGGCCUACGGAGGCAUCCACCUCUUCACCAUCUGAUAGAUAUAUGUAGCACUGCAGAGGAUAAGACGAGAGAACUAGCGUUGACGUAUCUGCUUUCUCAUAUUCCGUCGGUGUAUCACGAUUACGAUCCCGUUCAAUACCGCCUUAUGACGUUUGUACCCUCCAAGAAAGACGGGAAACCGUGUUUACGUUCACCGCUGGAGGUGUAUGGAAAUGCGAAAUGGGCCGCCUUCGACCUGCCUAUUUUGAAUUCGGAGAAGAAGGAUAUUCUGGUAAAGCUCAAGAUUGGGGAGCAUCCGCCUUCUUCAACUCUCGUCGAUAUCCUAUCCACCCGUCCUCCUAAGAAUGAGGCCCAGGCAAAGGAAUGGUUCCAGAUACUCGCAGCCCAUGUUGGAGACUUCUCGGGCGUCCAACUGGAAAAAAUAUCGCAGCUACCCAUUGUUCCGGUUGGCGUACACGAAAAGAGAGCCGUUUACCGAUGCCCAAGUCAGUGCUACUUUGGCCAAGAUGCGAGGCAAACCUUCCAUUCCAAGUUAUUCGUCUUUGUCGACUUUGGCCAAGUUGCCAAUGGCUUCUUGAAUGCUUGUGGCCUGAAGCCUCAACCUACCACGGAUGAGGUAGCUCAAAUAUUGCUCGGUGACCCCGAUAACUUCUACGCACUGGCCGGAAGUGCAGAAAACUUUUUGAUCGAACUGAAAGCCAUCGCCGCCAAUUAUCGGCUUCUGAGUCCAACGACGGUGUCACGGAUGAAGAAAACCCCAGUACUUUUAGCUUUCCAACGUAAACAUAUAUCUGGGAAAGGUUUGGUGAUAUUUGAGGAUGAAGAGCGGGAAAUGAUUGCAGUCGGUUUGAAGUGUGCGAACCAGAUCGUUAUUGCAGAUGAUACAAAUGCGUUGCAAGCCUUCGGAGACACCCUGUUUACUGCCCCUCAGGACAGUAUUCUUGAGGAGUUUUACAUCGCCCUUGGUUCCCGACGACUGACAUCGUUGGUAAAAGAGGAUCCCAGGCAUUCUGAAGAAAUCAAGAAUUCUAAACAGGCGACCGAGAUCCGCAAUCUGAUUCUGGAACGGCUUCCGCUAUUCUUGCACGAACAUACGCAUGCCAAGACGAGGCAUUCGUAUUCGUGGCUUAAAAUGCCCAACCAUUUUGUUGUCAAGACGUUCGGCAAGGUGUCGAUAACGAAGUCUCUUAGUUAUGCGGGUAUGGAAUUGUCAAGUACCCAGGAGGCGUCUGCUGUUUCUCACCAGUCGACGGGCGGGAGGGUUGAGCUGUGGAUAGCGGGGCAUACGCAAAUCGACAUGUACGAAGUUGCCACGUCGUUCAACCGGUUCUUUUUUGAGGCCCCAAAGGCGAACGAUAUGUUGUUGUUUAUGACGCUACUUUCGAGUGACCUCCGAUCGCUUAAGAGACGGGGAUAUAAUGUGGAUCGGAUUCUUCGUGAGCAAGACGCUCAACGACAAGCUAUACGAGAAGCUCAAAUUAAAGCUUCAGAAGAGGCAGCCAACUUGCCGCCUCCUCCUCCUCCUGAAGUUCCAUCAUCACCACCACCCCUACCACCCCCACCACCCCCUAUCUUUUCAUCAACGUCGGAGUUAACAAAUGGAAACGAAACAGCUGGGACAAGACCGAAAAAGGUUCAAAAAUGGUUGAACAACCUUGCCCAUAACAAGACGAAGGGCGAGCGUUCUGGUAUUGAAAACAGGGUAACGCCUCUACGGGAUAUCGCCGCCAACAUCGAUAUGGCCGUUCGAGGAUGUCGACCCGAGUCGGGGAAUUCGAUCAGGAAUAGAGAAGAGAUGCAACGUGUUAAAGAGAGUCUUGGUGAAGGGUACUGCGAUGUCUCUGGGCGCACUGGGGAUUUGAGGGAAAUAGGGAGAAUGGGAGAGGUCAGGGUGUACGUCGCGCAUGACGUGGCUCAGCCAACAACUAUUAUGAGCGAAAAGAAGCAGUCUAUUGCAAGACUGAUACAUAUCAUGAAUAUGCUUUCACAGAUAUAUGCAGUGCCACUGACGAGUUUGCACAUAUUUUACGACCUAGCUGGUGGAACGAUUGCCUUUAAUCGAAAUGGAAGUAUAUUUUUCAACCUAAGGUAUUAUGAAGCCUGGCAUGACGAGGACGUUGGCCGAGGCGGAGUCAAGAAUGCACUGAUAUCCUGGUAUUUCACGCUGGCACAUGAGAUUGCACAUAAUUUAGUGCAGCCACAUAAUUCGGAACAUGAGUUUUAUUUUGCGGCUAUCUGCGAGAAGUAUGUAAUGAAUUUGGGGCAUGUACUGGCAACGAUAGAAUAG